AUGGGGGCAUCACUAUCAAAUUUGACCGAGAACGGGCCGGGCCUUGGCGACAUACCGGAGAACUGCGUGGCGCGCGUGUUCCUCCACCUCCCGCCGCCUGAGAUAUGCAACCUGGCUCGGCUCAAUCGCGCCUUCCGCGGCGCCGCGUCGUCGGACGCAGUCUGGGAGACCAAGCUUCCGCCCAAUUACCACCACCUCCUCGGCCUCCUGUCUCGGCCCGACGUCCAUCGGAGCCUCCGGAAAAAGGACGUUUUUGCCCUCAUAUCCCGGCCCCUCCCUUUUGAGGACGGCAACAAGGUGGUGUGGGUGGACAAGUUCACAGGGAGAGUCUGUGCUUCAAUAUCGGCCAAGGCAAUGGCAAUCACAGGCAUUGAGGACAGGAGAUAUUGGAAUUGGGUACCAACCGAGGAAUCUAGAUUUAGUGUUGUGGCCUAUUUGCAGCAAAUAUGGUGGUUCGAAGUUGACGGCACUGUAAAAUUCCCCUUACCGCCUGAUUUAUACGCACUGUCUUUUAGGAUUCACCUCGGCAGAUUCUCCCGAAGGCUCGGCCGACGCGUUUCCAGUUUCGAACAUACUCACGGAUGGGACAUCAAGCCCGUGCGUUUCGAGUUCUCUACUUCAGAAGGCCAACAGGCAUCGAGAGAGUGCUUUCUAGACGAUCCACAACAAGAUGACAAUAGCAAUAGCAAUAGCAAUAACUAUACGAAUACGAGUCUCAAACGUGGCUUCUGGAUAGAUUACAAGGUUGGUGAAUUUACUGUCAGCCAAUCGGAUUACGAAACAGAGGUGAAAUUUUCUAUGAAACAAAUCGACUGCACGCAUUCGAAAGGCGGGCUCUGUGUCGAUUCUGUUUCGGUUAUUCCAGUUGAGUUGAAAGAGCACAGAGGAAGAGGGGUUUUGAAGUAG